UUUUAUGUCGCAAAGCGCAACACACGAGGGCUACAGUGAUAAUCUCGAACAAAUUCAGCCGUCAUGGGAAAACAGAAGAAACAGAAAAAAUAUGCGACCAUGAAAAGAAUGAUCAGUCUGAAGGACCAGAGGAUAAAAGAAAAAGACAGAGCAAAAACGCAGAAGAAGAAGAAAGAAGAUCCCUCGGCCAUUAAAGAACAAGAAAUAGCAAAGUACCCCUCUUGUCUCUUCUUUCAAUACAACACCCAGCUUGGACCUCCGUAUUACAUCCUGGUUGAUACCAACUUCAUCAACUUCUCUAUUAAGGCCAAAUUAGAUGUUGUCCAGUCGAUGAUGGACUGCCUCUAUGCUAAAUGUGUUCCUUGCAUAACAGACUGUGUGAUGGCUGAGCUGGAGAAAUUAGGCAUGAAGUAUCGAGUGGCUUUGCGGAUUGCCAAAGAUCCUCGAUUCGAUCGAUUGCCUUGUUCACACAAAGGAACAUAUGCGGAUGACUGCUUGGUGCAGAGAGUAACACAGCACAAGUGUUAUAUUGUGGCCACGGUGGACAGAGACCUGAAAAGGAGGAUUCGGAAGAUCCCAGGAGUCCCCAUCAUGUACAUCUCCAACCACAGGUAUAACAUUGAGAGAAUGCCGGACGAUUAUGGAGCACCUCGGUUUUAGUACGCAGAUUUUUUUUUUUUUUUUGGUAAUAAAAAGAUUUACCUGUGAAAUGUAUUCAGUGCUCCACAAUAAAGACUUUGGCUGGCCGGAUGCUUGGCGGCACAUAUCUUCAAUUGAUAUUAAAAUGUGUGAGAAGAAUCGAGAAAACCAAUAACAGAGUUGAACCCAAAGGCACACCAUGUGGAUGAUAUUGUGGCAAAGAAUUCAGGUCAUCGACUUGUUUAUAAUGUACUUGUUUGAACCAUUUGGUUGCCUGCCAGCUAUAUUGUUAUCAGACAAAAGAGAUUUGCUUUGUGCUACUUCAAGCUUGAGACACAGCAAACUGACAUUAAAGAACUCGCAUCGAUCAAAACCAGCUGUGUCUGGACCAAAAAGCUGUGUGUGAACACAAAUGUAUGACAUUCAACUGAAAAUAAAAUGUACAUGUUGCACCUGCAA